CAGACUCUCAGCCUUCUUUCUGUAUCGACUCUAAAGCACAUCUGCUCUCUACAGUCCAAACAUGGGAAGCCCAUUCAGCCUACUCAUCCUAUUUAGCCUAUUCAUCAAAUAUGCUCAGCAGCAGACCUGCUCUUCUCUCCAUAACCCGACUACGGACUGCAAAUAUGCCAAAAAUGAACUGACCAGAUACAAUAAUGAGGAGAUCAGGAUUGUGUUGGUGGGGAAGACCGGAGGUGGGAAGAGCGCAACAGGAAACACCAUUCUGGGAAAACACAACUUCAAAUCAGAGUUCUCCCCUAAAUCUUUGACUGAACACUGUGCUAAGGCCUCUGGUGAAGUGGAUGGACAAAAGGUUGCUGUUAUUGACACUCCGGGUCUGUUCGACACAAGGAUUGAUUAUAAUAAAACCAGUAAAGAUAUUGCCCAAAGCAUUUCUUAUGCUUCUCCUGGACCUCACAUCUUCCUGGUCGUCAUCAAACUGGGCAGAUUCACAGAGGAAGAAAAGAAGACGGUGCAGAAGAUUCAGGAAAUCUUUGGAGAGGAAGCAGACAAAUACAGCAUGGUUCUCUUUACCCAUGGUGACCUGCUCAAAGGGAAAACUAUUGAGGAGUUCUUGAAGGACAGCGAAGAGCUGCAGGAACUUGUAGACAAAUGUAACAGCCAGUACCACGUCUUUAAUAAUGAGAUGAAUGAUCAUUGUCAGGUCAGGGAGCUGCUCAACAAGAUCAGAUAUAUAACAAGGAAGAAUGGAGGAAGUCAUUACACCACUGAAAUGUUCCAGGAGGCAGAGAGGGCGAUAGAAAAGGAGAAACAACGAAUCAUUAAAGAGAAAGAAGAGCAAAUGCGCAAAAAGGAAGAAGAAAUGAAGAGGAAACUAGAGGAAAAGUACGAGCAACAAAUAAAGGAAGCAGAGGCUGACAGAGAGAGGAUGAAAAAGUUAGUUGCAGAUCGUGAGAGAGAACUAGAGGAGGAGAGGAAAAAUUAUAGAGAAGAGCAGGAAAAUCGGGCCAGACGGGAAGCUGAGAACAGUAAUCCAAUAAUUAAACUGAUAAAACGUUUUUUCAAUUUUUUGUUUAAUAAAUACAUUCCAUUUAAUGUGAUACAUAACUAGGUAGAAACAUAAAAAGAAAACAGAUUUUUAAACAAAAACUUCUUUCAUUCAUUUGAUUUCAUUUUAUGUAACUGAAACAAUAACUGUAAAUGGAUGCCACCAAGCUGCACUCCUGUGAGGACACAAACUUUGUACAAUAGCCUCCUCCACUGGUCAGGAAGAACUGUAAAGUCUGAAUGAUACAGCUGGAGAGAAAUUAAUUAAAGAACAGAAUAUGUCCAAAAACUAAAAUAAGGAGGCUUUUGAAAUUACUUUAAAAUCUAUUCCAAAAAUAAUGAAGUCAUCGCUAAUUUAAACUCUCAAUAACACAAUCAGAUUAUUAAAGCUCACAUUGAGGUGUAGUUUUAUUUUUAAGGUGAAAUGUUUAAGUAUAUAUUUAAUUAAACCAAAGUAGACCGGAAUACAAAAAUUCACAUUUCUACUCCAUUUAUUCUUCCACAUUGCCAUUUUGGAUUUUGUAUGUAAAAACUAUUUUUACAAUAUUCUAAUGUAGUAUUUAAACGUCAGACAUUUAUCAAAUUUGAUGCCAUCAUAACACAAGACAUUGAGACUAAAUUUCUCCUUGUUAUGUUUUCCUUUCGUUGCAGCUUUGAUUUUUUUCAUUACUUAUUUCAUUAUAUUUUGAAAUGUCCCUUACUGACUUACUGUUUUUGUUUAAUGGAGCCUCCCAGCAUUAGCAUUUUACACAUAUACUUGUAUAACCAGUUUGACAAUAAACAUCAAGACAGAGUG